GCUUACCUUCUUCACUCUCCCUCAUUUUUCUCUAUCUCUCUACAUUUUCUCUCUCUAGAGUCAUUAGUAAAAUAAUUUGAACUUUCCCAUAAACCUCCAACCCCUUUAAUUUCCUUUUCUCCCAACAUUGAAUCUUUCCUUUUCAAAGAUAUUGAGUAUUUUUUGGUAUCGAUAAUCUUUGAUUUCUUCCAAUUUCCACCCACCCCUUUUUUGACGCCUUUUUUCCAUCCCUUCUUGAUGUUAAGAAGAAGUGGAGGAAAUCACUGAAUUUGUUGAAGACUGAAAGAGGAAAAAAAAAACAAUGGAUUAUUCACAGUUGUUAUGCCCGGUGAAAUACACCGAACAUCGCAGCGUGACAAAGAAGCAGAAUCUUAUCAAACCAACGAAGAAAUCGGUCCCAAAACCACCGCCAAGGGUGGUUCGAGUAUCGGUUGUCGAUAACGACGCCACUGAUUCCUCCAGCGAUGAGGAGGCGGAGAUUUUCGGCCGUCACCGUGUGCGACGGUACUUGAACGAGAUUGUGAUUGAGCAAACGACUAGUUUGACAACAAAUGCUGUAGCGGCGGUGCCACCGGUUGUUGCCCCUGUUUGUAAAAAGGGUGGUUCGAGGAAGAAGUCAACUAAUACAGCCGCGACACCGCAGCCCGGCGGUGUUCUGAUGACUUCCGGUGGUGUGAGGAAGUUCAGAGGAGUACGUCAACGGCCGUGGGGAAAAUGGGCGGCGGAGAUUCGAGACCCGGCUAGACGGGUUCGUCUCUGGCUCGGCACUUACGACACCGCUGAGGAAGCUGCUAUGGUUUAUGACAACGCCGCGAUUAAACUCCGCGGUCCGGAUGCGCUUACUAACUUUGCUACUCCUCCGCCCCGUGAGCCACCGCCACCAGUGGUGGUUGAGGCUCACGCGCCAUCAACCUCGACCGGUUACGAAUCCGGCGACGAAUCUGCCUCACACAACCUCCUCUGCUCUCCCACCUCUGUCCUACACUUCCGCGGCGGGUCGGAGGAACUUUCCCGGUUCAAACCGGAUAUCGAACCCGAACCCGAGAAUGAGCUUAUUUUUCCGGUUCAUGAACCAAGUACUACCCAUAGUGUCAGCACUAGCAGUACUAGUUGUUACAACUUGGAAGAAUGUCAAGGUGAGUCAUCAUCGAAUAUCGGCGACUUAUUAGACACCCCGUUUUUGAACGAUUUCUUCAACUUCGAAACGCCGGAACCGAUGAUUUUCGACGAUUCCAAAUCGUCGGAAAGUCUCUUCACAAUAAGCGACGAUAACGAUCAACAAUUUCAUCAUCAGUUCGAUUUCGGUGAUGUGUUCGAUGAUUCGUUUAUGGAUGAUUUUGAUUUUAGUACGAUGAAUAACAACAUCAACAACAAUGAUUAUUCAUCGUCUAAUAUGUUGCAAGUGGAUGAUUAUUUUCAAGACAUCAAUGACAUUUUUGCGUCGGAUCCUCUUGUAGCUUUGUAGUUCCGACACUAAAAGAGAAAAAAAAUGGAGAGAGGUUGAGUUGAACAGUCAUCUUUCCGGCCGAUUUAUCGGCAAGUUUUGUACCGGCGGCGGCUAAUAGAUUUUAUUUUUUUAUUUUAUUUAAUUAUUGUUGCUUAUAUUUAGUAAGUAGUACUAAUAUAGAGUAUUAUUCUCUGUUAGCAAAUAUAGCGGGGAAUUUUUGAGUGUUAGUGGAAAUUAUAAUUAUUAAUAAUAAUAAUAAAAUUAUAUAGAGUAAUUAUUAAUUA